AUGGAUAUCGAGGUUCUAUCCGCAGAGCCCAGAGGACAGCAGACGAACAAGAUGGAAUUUGCCUUCAGCAUUCAACACGGCCCGGCCGCUGAUCGUUGCAACGGCAGCAGCACCCAUUCUGUGACCAUGUUCGCCAAUAUUACGGUCCUGCUGUACGGUCAGCAAAUAUCCUUCUGGCGAUCUGGAAACGAGGCUGUGCAAAACACCAAGACUUUCCACCUGCCAGAUUGA